AUGGGAGUAGACUCUCCCAUCAUUGGCCGUCAAUGGGAGGUCUGUAGUCCCAUCGACAACCAGAAAUGGCCUCGAUCUCGACAACGCAAUUCCGGAUCGAUCAAACCGUGGGCGCAUCGUGAUUUGAAACCGGAAAACGUACUCAUCAGCAAUGACAACCAACCUAUCCUGAUGGAUUUUGGGAGCGCGAUCAAAGCUCGAAUCCCGAUCCCCAACCGAUCUAUUGCUCUUCAACAACAAGAUUUAGCUGCCGAACAUUCUUCGAUGCCAUACCAAGCGCCGGAAUUAUUUGAUGUCAAGACGGGAGAAGAUCUGACAGAAGCGGUCGACAUAUGGUCCUUAGGAUGUGUGCUAUACUGUCUAGCGUAUGGGCAUUCGCCAUUUGAAACGACGGAUACGGCCGAGCAAGGUGGCUCUAUGGUGUUGGCAGUGAUGAACGGCUCCUGGAAGUUCCCGAAUACCAAAGGCUCGAAUCCAAAUCCUAAUGGGAACAAUAACAACUCAAAUCAAAGUCUCUGGGUUUAUAGUGACCGCUUUCAAGAGUUGAUCAAAUCGAUGCUGGUGGUCGGUCCCAAAGCCAGACCGACAAUCUUCGAGGUCAUCGAUUCUGCUCAGGCCAUCUUGGAUCAACAGUCUCACCUUCCUGAAUAA